ACCAUGAAGUUAUGAAUAAACCAUCUUUGUUUUUCAAGGUGACAAUACAAAAAGGAGAAAAGUCCAAGCACGAUUUCGCGGAGAUUUGGAACAUGUGAACGCUUAACAUAUCAAAGAAAAAUACUGGCGAACUUAAGAAAAACGCCUUUUAACAUUCAACCAAAUAUCGAAUAUAAAUUUAACUAUUUAAUAUCGCCUCUUUUCCCAACGCAUAAAAGUCUUUCAAAAUGGCUAAGUGAGGAAGCAGAUUUUACGAAAUCUUUAGAUAAAACAGACGGCGCACUCACAAAGAUCCAUCGAAAAAGGUUUAAAAGUGUAUUCAAAUUUUGGAGUAAAUUGAAAAUACGGAAAGACUCGAAAAAGCGACUGAACAAAAAUUCUGUAACCUCCAGUUGGAGUCUUCGUCAUGCCGGGGAAACGAUGAAUGCACGAGUUCGAAAUGAAAUACCAAAAACAAAGAAAUCUAUCUCGUCUCGGCAAAACAGUGCUAGAACUAAACAGAAUACUAACGUCAAACCAAUCAUCGCAUACGACUACGAUGCGGCUAUUAGUCAACCUGACGUACCAAAUGUUUUGGGACAAAAAUUUAAUACCGGCUUAUCCAUACGAAAGAAAGCUUUUAAUACUCGCGGGAAAAAUAAAUUGUCGAUUACAAAAAAUACGGAAACCGUGUCAAAAACAACUUCCAUUUCGAAAUGUCAAAACGAGGAAGAUGAAGUCGACGUUACUGCUACUGAAGAGGGAACUGCAGAAAAUGAAACUACUUCUACCGAGGGCGAAUCGACACCAAUCUUUUUUAAGAAAAACUUUGAUACGCAAGAGAAUUCACAGAGAGGCAGCUCUGAAGAUAAAAACAGAAGCGAAAAUGAAAAGAAUCUCGACAGUAUAACUCCUAGGUCGAUAAUCUCGCAAAAGAAAGAUAGUAGAAUUCCACGAGCAAAAGGGAACAAAUCACCAGUUGUUGCACAAAUAUCUCGUAAUGAUUCGAUCAAGCGAUUAUCUUUGACAAGCUCAAAAAAAUCAUUUGACACGAUUUCACAUAAGAAAGAUAUGAAGGAAGUCUUAAAGACAAACGUUUAUCCAAAGUAUGUCUUUCAAAGUAAUCGCGUUAAUUCAAACGUUCAUUUAUCUUUAUAUAUAUAUAUAUUCUAUAGAUACGUUUCAAGCAAACAACAAAAAUCGUGUACAUUUCUAAACGAUAAACAUGAGCCAAAUGACGAAACAAUCAUUACAGAAACAUCCCCUGCUAUCAUUGGCAGUGCUAGUGAUCCAUCAACUUUCACGGUAUUACAUAAAUUAAAACAAAGCCACAACUAUCGAUCUUGCGACAAUUGUAAUCCAGACUCAAGCUGUCGAGAUAUUGACGAAACGUUGAGCGAUUCAAGGAGUUCACCGGAAAGGCGAUACAUUACGAAAAAAUGGAGGAGAUCUUUGAAACAUCGCAAAUAUAUAGACACAAGCUCCGACGAUUUCGAUGUAUCGUCAGAUUAUAGUUCUCAAAGCAAUGAGAAGAAAAUAAAAAGUCAUAAAGACUUUCACAGUACAGUGGCGCCGUUAACAAAAGCCUCUUUGACCACUAAACCAUCGUCAAGAACUAAAAAUCGUCGUGGAAGUACAUUUUCUUUUUUUAACACUCUUUUCGAUAUUGUUUUUUGGCCCUUUCUUUUUCUCAAGUCUGAUCGAUAACUUUGACGAGUUAUAGAUACAUACGAUUAAUUCGUAAAAAUAAAAAGUCCAAGUUGAUCAAAAUUAAAUAAGCAGAAAAAUUUUCUAAUCAAUAUCUUUCAUGAUCUUACCAAUUGGACAAUUGUCAAUGACGUAAAUACGUAUGUAUAUCGUAAAAUAUUUUAUAGACUUCUUAUUCUGUAUAGCAUUUCUUUAUUAUAUAUUUAAUAACGUCUUACUAUUUUCAUUAUUUCUCUAUUAAUUUUAGAUAAAGAAUCAUAAAGAAACUUUUCAGUAUAUAAGAUUUGUAUAUACACGUGAAAGAAUAAAACAUCAAUGUAUAAAUAAUACAUUAAUUUUGUAUGGAUAUUACAUUAGAAAAUAGUUUUAUGAAAAUGAUAAUGUGCUUUCAUUCACAGAAUAAGUAAAAUGCGAUUGACGCUGUUAGUGUCUCUAUAGGUUCAUGGCACGCCAAUUUCUGAAAAAUACAAAAUAUAAUUAACAAUUGAUAUAAAAAAAAAAAAAAAAAAGUUGUAAGCGUGUGCGAUGAGUAUUUACCUUUGUCCAUGGGUGCUUUUCCAUUAGAGUGAAACUUCUUUGAGAAACGCGUGGAUGUUAAGCUCUCAUGAAGUUGUUCGAUUUCAUAGACGGUAUUCCCUAAUAUUUUGGAAAAAACUUUCUCAUUUUUUACCAAAGCUUUGUCAGCGACUACGGACAAAUGCAAUUGUUCGUUAUAACUGAAGAGAGAAAAUCCAAUACCCGUGUUACUUCUGAAAAUACAUAUAGAAAUGAAUUGUAAUCGAUUCGUAAGAUCGUAGAGUUUAAUGAAAAAUAAUAAAUUUUACUUGUUCGGUAUCCAGAAAAGAAUAUUUUUCACGGGAUAGCCCACAAUGUGUACUUCCUGACAUCCAGAUAAAUUGCUAAAAAUCAUCGUACUAUGACUCUCCAAGAGCGGUCUCAAUAAUAUCUCUGGUAAUACGGCAGAGAGAAACUUCAUUACCCAAAAAUUAAUCAAAUAAUCGAGAUCUUUUUGAAGCUUAUUAUUAAGUUUCAUAAUUUCUUGAAGACGUUCAAUCGUCCUUGAGUUUUCAUCUAAAUUCGAAUAUACUUUGCCAUUUAUCUCAGAAAUACACAAAGGAAGUAAUCCAACCGAGAUAUCGUUGGACAAAUGAACCUGUUCUUUCGGAUUUUCCAUUUUAACUGGGAGCACGACGGUCAGUGAAUUCGGUGGUACUUCAUUGAUCUGCGUGUACGUUGGAAAUAUAAAAUAUUAAAUCGGAGUUUCCAAAUUCGAACGUGAUCGAUACGUACGCAUAAAAAAUACUUAUGUAAACUCGAAGACAAGGCUGCCAACAAGACUUCAACAAAUUUUGCUCCAGUAAUAUUCUUUAUUUCUUUGAUUUUCGUUAAAACUUUUUGCUGGCUUGGAUUUCUAUAAUCAUUUUCUGACCAAUAAGUAACGAUUUUUUGUCCAGUUAACUUUGAUCCAUGAAGGGAACUGAAAAGAUAAGAAGAAUGUAAAAUGUUGGACGCAAUUAUUCCGAUAUAUUAUAAAAGAAACAUUUCGAGGAACGAUAACGAACUUCUUAUCCAUACUGCGAAUGGCCUGAUCCAUUAAAUACGAGGGCAUUAGAAUAAGGACAACUAGAUUUUUCACAAAGAUCUUAAGUUUUUCGUAAAUCUCUUUCAUUAGAAACUCUUUAAAAAUUAUCCACCAUUCAUAGAGAAAUAUCUGCAUUUCAUUUUUAAAUUCGUCGAAGGUAACAUGCUCGAAAUAAUUAAUCUUUCCGUUUAAAUAAUUCCGUACGACCGUCUUUAAGAUUCGUAGAGAUUGUAGAUCGGCAAAGGGCAUACAAGCGGAAAGUACGCCGUUCGAAUAACAAGGCUGCUCGCAGACAUUGAAAUUUUUCGCACAUUGAGUAAAUAUAGGGAGGUCCAACGAAGUUCUUUCACAAUUCUUCCUUUGACGUCCUAACGAGCACUUUUCUUCUGGUAUAGUCGAGACUUCAUUAGGUUUAUCAGCAAUAGUUUCCAAGAAGAGCUUCAACAAGGCAGAUCCGUCGCCGAGAGCAUGAUGAAUACGAAAUAAUACUGGGAUCUUGAUCUUGUUUCUUCUUCCACGAUCCAGAAUAGAGCGGCCUUCUUCCAUACGUCGAACGUGCUGAUGACUGACGCAUGAACAAUUCUUUGAGAUCAAUAUCUCCCAGGACGUCGAGUGAUUUUGAGGAAGCGGUUGAUUACACUUCCUUUCCAAUACUCUUUUCAACGAUUCGCUGUAAAUGUCAUCGCAGUAUCCAUCGCAACGCGUUUGAUCGUGCUCGAGCCAUCUUAUUCUUUCCUUCAAAUCGAUCUCCUUUGCUCUUUCCCAAAAGUAGUAUCCAUACUUUUUCUUUUUACAAUGAAGUAUCUUCUCGAAAUUUGAACCGAUUAAUCGUUCUUUAAUUAAAUUUCUAAAGCUUUCUAGAACGUUCGCGUUUAUUUCAUGUUGAUCCUUUUCCAAAACAACAAGGACAUUUAUGACAGAAAGGGCCGAAGGCUCUUCUAUAGCCCAAACGCAAUCGGUGCCUUCCAAGAGACCAACGAAUUUGUCUUUCAAUUGGUGCUUCAAUAACGCUUCGACGAUACGACGAUAAAUAUAAAGAGAAAUUAAUAUUAUUAUCAAUGCGGGAGUUAAGAGACAAAAUAAACCGUAAUUAAAUAGCAUAAAAUGCAUUGUCGAUGUUGAAACUUGAUGUCAAUGAUGAUAAAUUGUCAUCGUCGAAAGUCAAUGCAAACACAAGAUCCUUUUUGGCCUUACUUUUAUCUAUUCUGAAAAUAAUAAUCUUUUAUCUAAAACGAAUCAUAUUUUUAUCAUAUUACAGCCGAGUAUCUAUUCAAGAUAACAAUAUUUUUCUUAUUGUUCACUUACGAGAAAUAUGAAAAAGAGCGAUUAGACGAUAGUCCAGUGCCGUAGCGCACUAAAUGGACUUUCUAUCUUCGGAUUCACUGUUCAUAUAGCGAAGCACCAGUAUUCACUUAAUGCCAAUCCAAUUUUCAAGAAACCUUAUGUAUAACAUUAUUAUUUGCUGAUAUAAUGAAUUAUACACAGGCAUAUAUAUAUAUGUAUAUAUAUAUAUAUAUAUAUAUAUAUACAUACACCUAAUAAGCAUCGUAUAUAAGGAAAAGUUUAAACUAAACUACUUUCUAUAAUAAGAAUAAAUUAAAAUUGUAAUAUGUAAAGAAUGAUUUAUUAAUGAUCUAUUAAUACGCAUAUAAAAGCAGAGGAAUUACAUUUUGAAUGAAUCCUUCUGUAAAGAUAUGACGCUACUACUUCUACUACUUUUGCAUGCACGUCUUGCCUCUUGCAAAUGCGCUCUUAAAAGUGCAUUCUCGUAUACCAAGCGAUCGCUUCGUCGUAUCUCCAUGGCCAAUUGAGCAUCUUUGCCUAAAGAAAGGCGUAUCUCGGGCUUGCUCGAGACAUUUAAGUUACGUGCCUUUUGCAGCGCAUCCUUCGAAAUAAUAAUCAAUCCUUAAACGCUACGAUCAAACGCAAAGUGAUCGUAAAAAAUUUAUUUUACCUACCUGUAAGGUCUCGAUCGAACCUCUUAAUAAAAUUUCUUCCACGUC